AUGUCACUUCGAAAAGCCCAUACCAAGUCACGUUUUGGCUGUUUGCCCUGCAAGAAGAGGCAUAUCAAGUGCGGUGAAGAGGUUCCCUUGUGUCAAAAUUGUGUCUUUCGGAAGGUGAUUUGUGAAUACGGAAUAGCAGCAAGAGCAAGUCCUGGCAUCCUUGCCAGAGCUGCAAGCUUAGAUGACGCCAGAUCAACAGUUUCUCCACCACGUGGUGGGUUGCAACAGUUCUCGACGACACCGCGUACCCGUGAACCAAUACCUUCACCAGGAAUUAGGGUUCCCAGGCAACAAGAGCUACAGCUCAUGAUUUGCUUUAUGAAUAAAACCAGUCAAACUCUGGCACAUGGUGACGAAGAUCUUGUCAUUUGGAGAGAAGCAGUUCCAGAUGAGGCUGUAAAUUGCGACUUCCUCAUGGAUGGGCUUCUAGCAAUGGCAGCGCUUCAUUUCGCCUACGAGAACCCCGAUUCGCGGUUGCAGUACACCGAACUCGCUAUGAGAUACCAGAACUCAAGCUUACAAGUGUACAACAAAGCUCUGGAUAAUAUCAACGAGGAAAACUGCACUGCCCUUUUCGCGUUUUCUAUUAUUCCUGAAGAUGAGACACUGGCUGCCCUUGAUAGACUCCGUCAACGAGCCAAUACUCUUCUGGCCUCUGAAUACGUCGAAGAGAAACGUCACGCAGUCUAUCUCUCCGGUAUCCAAAGCCUCGAAGUAGCUGUUGGAUGUAUGAAAGUGUCCAAUCAUCUCGGACGCAUCAUUGGCUGGCCUGCUUCGCUCCGGUCACCAGAGCACUGCGAAGAGCUCAUGAGGCUCUUCAAACACGGCGAUAUCAUGACAAAACUCAUCUUUAUGCAUUAUGGUGUACUCUUACUCCAGACACGGCAUCGUUGGUGGGGUCGACGUACUGGAGUCAGUCUCAUCCAGGACUUGGCGAUCUCUGUACGGGCUGCGGGUCCAGAUUGGGGUUUUGGAAUGAAUUGGCCAAUGAAGGUCGCUAAACGUAGUAUUGAUGGAGUUGAGAAUGCUUUUGUCCCGCGAGACUCAUAG